GUGUCCUGAACGGCCAUGAAGAAGUCGCGAUCGUAGAACAUAUUGUGGCGCAAGGGCGGCUGCCUGAUUCAUUCGUGACUAAGAACGAGGCCCGCGAGCUUGGUUGGGUAGCAUCGAGGGGAAACUUACGGGAUGUGGCCCCUGGGAAGAGCAUCGGGGGCGACCGCUUCAUGAACCGAGAAGGGGAGCUUCCCAAUGCUCCUGGACGCAAGUACUUCGAGGCCGAUUUGGCGUACAACGGGGGACAUCGCGGGGCGGAACGUUCAAACGAAGCCAUGAGCGAUGCCACUGAAAAGCGAAUCAUCAUUCCACCCGAAUUGACUUCGGUGGAAGCGAUCUACGAGUACCUGGGACAAAGCCUCGAGUUUCCGGAAUACUACGGCGGCAAUCUUGAUGCCCUGUACGACUGUGCGACCAGCGAUAUCUGUGAGCCUGUCUGUGUCGUCUGGCCUAAGGAUUGGACCGGAGGGAAUCCUUAUUUGUAUCUGCUUGCAAUGCGCGUCCUGGGCGUGCUGCUGGAU